AUGCUCGCCUUCGUCUUCUCCGCCCUUCCCCUUCUCGCCCUCGUCGCUGCCGACGACGUCGCUCCGGUCGACGAGCGAUGCGCACGCACCGUCAUCGUCGAGGCGGGCGACACUUGCGACUUCAUCUCGACCAAGUACGGCGCCUCGACGUUCCAGCUCUCGCACGUGAACCCGCUCUCGAUCGACGAGGCGUGCGAGCAGCUCCAGAUCGGGUCGGAGCUCUGCCUCGGCUUCGAGGGCUCGGACUGCUCCAAGAUCCACACCGUCGUCGAGGGCGACACGUGCGGCCAUCUCAUCGACGUGUACGGGAUGGACGACGCGACGCUGCGCCAGAACAACCCCCAGAUCAACGACGAGUGCACCAACAUCUACAUCGGCGAGGUGCUCUGCGUCGACACCCAGGCGUUCGAGUACCCCGAGUUUGACCAGGAGAAGUUCGAGAUCGUCGCUGAGACGUACCUCCCCUUCUGCGACCAGGUCGGCGAGGAGUCCGCCUAA